AUGGCCAAGAACUUACCAGUGAAUCCUAAGGAGACAACAUGUGUAUCUCUCAUAACUGAGUUGCAGAAAAUAUGGAAUGAAGUGGGAGAGUCUGAACAAGAUAGGGAUAAGAUGCUUCUUGAGUUGGAACAAGAGUGCUUGGAGGCAUAUAGAAGAAAAGUGGAUCAGGCAAGCCGUUUUCAAGCUCAACUGGUCCAAACUAUUGCUGAUUCAGAAGCAGAACUUGCACAUAUAUGUGCUUCAUUAGGAGAGCAAUCCUUGUCUAUGAAGAAGGUUGGUGAACCACCAAGUAGUUUAAAGAAAGAGCUUGCAUCCAUUUUGCAACAGCUAGAAACGAUGCAGAAGAAGAAAAGCGAGAGGAAGCUUCAAUUCACAGAAAUCCUUGAUCAAAUACAUAAUAUGUUAAAGGAACUAUCCAUGGAGGACAAAUCAUGCAUGCCGGUCAUUGAUGAAUCUGAUUUGUCCUUGAGAAGACUGGAAGAAUUCAAGACCACGUUACAUGCAUUAGAAAAGGAGAAGAGUGACCGCUUGAAGCAAGUUCUAGGCUACUUGAAAACUCUUCAUACACUUUGUGUGGUGCUUGGAAUGGAUUUCAGAAACACAAUUAGUGGGAUUCAUCCCACUCUGGACAAUUCUGGUAGCAAAAAGAGCAUAAGCACUGAUACUAUAGAGAGGUUGUCUAAUGCAGUCUGUAGGCUGAAUGAGGUCAAGAUUCAGAGAUUGCAAAGGCUUCAAGAUCUUGCAACAACUAUGGUGGAGCUCUGGAAUUUGAUGGACAUAUCAAAUGAGGAGCAACAACCAUUUCAACAUGUUACAUCUUAUAUAGCCGCCUCAGAGAAUGAAGUCACUGAACCUAAUGCUCUCUCUUUGGAGUCCAUUAAGUUUAUUGAGACAGAGAUCUCCAGGCUGCAACAGUUGAAAGCAAGCAAGAUAAUGGAAGUGCUCCUGAAAAAGAGGGCAGACCUGGAGCAACUAUGCAGACAGGCUCAUAUACCUGUUGUAAUGCAUGGAGCAAUUGAUUUUUCUGCUGAAACAUUAGAAUCUGGAGAUAUUGAUCCUUUAUACUUGUUAGAACAAGUAGAAUUUCAAAUUUCGAAGGCCAAGGAGGAAGCUUCCAGUAGGAAAGACAUACUUGAAAAGAUCGAUAAGUGGCUAGCGGCAUGUGAAGAGGAAACCUGGUUAGAAGAGUACAACAGGGAUCACAAUCGUUAUAAUUCUGGAAGAGGUACCCAUCUCCUUCUAAAGCGCGCUGAGAGAGCCCGGAUCCUGGUUGAUAAAAUUCCUGCUAUGGUGGAGACAUUGCGUGAGAAAGCCCUAGCAUGGGAGCAAAAUAGCGGAGUUGCAUUUUCCUACGAUGGUGUUCUUUUACCCUCGAUGCUCGAUGACUAUGACCAUCUAAAACACGAGAAAGAUCAAGAACGUCAGAGGAUGAGGGAUCAGAAGAAACUUCAGGGACAGUUGAUAGCAGAGCAAGAAGUACGUUUUGGGUCGAAGCCGAGUCCAUUUAAGAGUGGGAAAAGGGUUGUUAAAGCACCGAGUGGGGGUUCUAACGAUAGAAGAAAUUCAGUUGCUGGGGCAAUGCUUAAAACUCCUAAGCACAAUCAGACUGCUCUUUCUUCAAACGUUAGCAAUCUACAUAAUCGUUACCACAAUAGCAUUCAUGCUAAAAUCCCUGCUGGCAAGAGAAACUUUGGCAGUUCAAAUCUUUCAGCUUCAAAUGAACAUGAAAUCCAAACAGCAUCUGCUAGAAAACCCCUUUCUCCGGUUUCUUCAUCGUUAUCGUCCAAUGCCAACGUUACAUCUGUCAAUACUCAUGAUCGGAACCCAACUCUCCAAAAAACGCUUCUGAUCAACAAAGCCACAAUGGCUGCUGCUACUCCAAAGACAUUCAUAUCAUCUGUUGAUCAUGAAGACCACUUGAGAACUCCAAAAACGAUGAUACCGUCGAUGCCAUCGACUCCAGCAACAACCUCGAUGAAAAUGGCUAUGACUCCGUCAACGCCUUUUGUUCCUCGUGGCGCUGAUGGUGUUGAUUAUUCGUUUGAGGAAAUACGAGCCGGUUGGUUUCCUGCUAAAAGCUGA